CGUCGAUCGUUCGUUGGACCAGGUAUUAGCGACGCUUCUCCAACAAAACGAUUAAAAAGUAGAUCACGGUAUGUGACAAGUUAUUUCGCUGAGAAAUCCUUGAAUGUAAACGUGAUUUGAACCGAUAGCGUUCGAAUCGUUCGUAAUCUCUCGUGUAUCUUUCACAUUGUUACUAUUCGCAUGUAUUAUUUAUAUAUACGUGUGGAUAUAACAAACAUGAACAAGAUGGAUGUAGAGAACGUACAAGUAUUCACGAAACACGAUUUUCACUAGGAUAACUGACCGUUCGUAUUGUCCCUGCAAAUCGUUGCGCAUAAAUAUGAAUCGUGCGAUCGAAGAGGCUGGAACAUGGUACGUGUGUACUAUCGGAAAAUUCAUGCGGCGUAUGAACCGAUAUUCCGCGCGAAUGUAAAUUUUAUACAUUUUCAGUGACACACAUACAAAGAAAUGGGGGCUCUACCUUUGUACGUAGAGUCAGUCGAAGCUUCACAUAUACGACUCACGUGUUUGUUUCUAUUGGUGGAGGAGUUAGCCACUGGCCGCUGAAGUAGUAGUAGUACACUGAGCAUUCAGUAGUAUAUAAGGGCGCAUAAACCGACAGGGAGUCAUUCCAUAAUACGCGACCGGGACCUCUGUUCCUCCACUUGUUCCUCUUUAGUAUUCUUUCGCCGUAUUGUGAUUGCUUCGACGACUGACGCUUAGUUCGUCAAAGUGGAACCUAGGGGUAGGUAGCUCGAUCCUCACUCUGACCUUCUCUGCCCCUCUUCUUUUUAUCUUUUCUCCUUCUCUCAAGAUUCAUCAUCCUUCGCACAACGAUUUUCCGCAUUUCUACACGAGCACGCCAGUACCUAUCUUUGUCAUUGAGAACUCUUCUUGGCAGAUUCAUCAUACUCGUUCAGAAUGUCUUUCCCGAUGAUCGUCAUAGAAGUAUCGUGGCUGACGUUAACCUUGUCUACGUGCUUGAUGUUAAUCGUUCUGCUACUGGUGGUCCGACGAGGGAAAUUUCUGUAUGAUCUAAGAAAAGUGCCAUACCCGCCUGCUUUGCCCAUCAUUGGCAACGCGUAUCAAUUAUGUUGCAGUCCGGAAGAAGCCUUCCAAAAGAUGGUAAAAUGGGGAAAAGAGUUAGGAGAAAUGUACUUGGUUUGGGUAGGCACGAGACCGUUUAUCUUCCUGUACAAAUUAGAGGCGAUACAGCCUCUGUUAAGCAGCAGCGUUCACAUCGAUAAAAGCUUGGAGUAUGGAUACUUAAAACCUUGGCUUGGUUCCGGUUUGGUAACGAGCAGUGGCGAAAAAUGGCAUUCGCGCAGGAAACUGCUAACACCAACCUUCCACAGCGGUCUUCUGGAAGUAUAUUUGAAGACGGCAAUCAGAGAAGCCCAAAUAUUAAUCUCGUGCAUAAGGCAAGAAGUCGGUAAACCAGAAUUCGACAUUGUUCCUUAUGCUAAACGAGCCGCGUUGGAUAUAAUAUGCGAUAGUUCUAUGGGAUGUAACAUUAACGCACAAAAAAAUUUUGAAAACGAGUAUGUGCUGGCUGUGAACACGCUAGCUUCCAUCUCGCAAAGAAGAUUUCUAAAUGUGUGGUUGUCUUUUGACUGGAUCUUCAAGCUAACAAGAUGGGGUAGAAAGUACUAUCAAGCACUUUGUGUUACUGAUGAGUUUAUUAACAAGAUAAUAGCGGAAAGAAAAGCCGAGUGGAGAGCUAAAAAGGAUGGGAAUUGCCAUGAACGAUCUCAUAAACGUCAAGCUCUGUUAGACUUGUUGUUGGCUUUAUCGAAAGAUGGAGAAGUACUUACUGACACUGAUAUCCGUGAUGAGGUGAAUACGUUUAUGUUCGCCGGUCACGAUACCACUGCGACCAGCAUAUCCUGGAUCCUGUACGCAUUAGGAAGACAUCCUCAGUACCAGAAAAAAAUUCUUGACGAAUAUUAUGAGAUCGCAGAAACGGAAGAAAUAUCUCUAGAUAUGCUGAGCAAAUUAACAUGGUUAGAAGCGUGCAUAAAAGAAUCUUGGAGAAUUUAUCCAGUAGCACCACUCAUCGCAAGACAGAUUUAUAGUCCUAUUACAAUUUUGGGACAUAAACUUCCAGUAGGAUCGACGGUUCUCGUAAAUUCGUUCCUUCUUCAUCGCGAUACUCGAUACUUUCCAGAACCAGAUGCUUAUCGACCAGAACGAUUUCUUCCGAGUGGACCAAAAUAUCCUCCUUAUGCUUUUAUUCCCUUCAGUGCUGGCUCUCGUAAUUGUAUAGGAUGGAAAUAUGCCACGAUGAUCGUCAAAAUUCUUAUUUUGCAUGUAUUGAAAAAUUUCCAAGUCAAGUCCAUAGAUACAGAGGAUCAACUUCGGUUAUCCAGUGAAUUGGUAUUACGCAAUGCUAAUGGACUUCGUUUACAAAUUACGCCACGAAAAUAAUGAAAUCUUGUUUAAUUUUAUUGCACAAAUAUACCCGACUAAGUGAAAUGAAAAGAUCAAAAUAAUAUAUAUAUGUAAUUGUUAUAUAUUA